AUGAUCAAUCAAAUAAGCAUGCAAAAGGAGAGUCCUCUAAGGCUCCACAGGUUCGACCAAGUCCAUACAUGGCUUGCUUUAUUAAACCUUCUUCUCAUUCAAAUCUCACCUUCGGUAACAGCUCAACCGGUGACACCAACAGUGGACCCCGACAGUAACAAAUCCGCAGCAACCAUCAUGGCCAUUGUUGCCGUCAUGUUCCUCAUCUCAGGGCUUCUUUCUCUCUUCUCUCGUAAAUGCACUGACCGGCAGGCCCAAACACAAGCCAGACUCGACCUCACUCUUCCUACCGGCGGAAGCGGUAACCGGUCGCGGACGGAACCCAACGGUCUUAACCAAGAAAUCAUCGACACUUUCCCAACGUUCCUCUACUCAGAUGUGAAGGGUCUCAAAACCGGAAAAGACACGUUAGCGUGCGCCGUUUGCUUGAACGAGUUCCAAGACGAUGAAACCCUCCGCAUGCUCCCCAAAUGCUGCCACGUGUACCACGUCGUUUGCAUCGAUGCUUGGUUAGCCUCCCACUCCACUUGCCCGGUUUGUCGUGCCAACCUCGUUCCAACACCCGAAGACAACGACGUCAACAUAAACAUAAACAUGAUCGCGCCUCCGACGUUGUCCAUGCACGAUCACGAGCAUGAACAUGAGACUCUUGUUGAGGACCAUAAGAGAGACAAUGACAAUGACGUGGACUUCCUUCGUAGGAUUCGCGCAAUGAAUCAGUGUCGUCCAUCACGGUCGAGAUCAACCGGGUUCUUAUCUUCCCUCUUGUUUCCACGGUCAAACUCGAUGGGUCAAUUGGUGCUUCCUGGGGAGAAUCUUGAAAGGUUUACUCUGAGGUUACCGGAUGAGGUUCGAAGCCAGAUGGUGAACUCGACGCUGAAGCGUGCGAAUAGUUGCGUGUGUUUUACGAGAAUGAGGAGUGGCACGUGGAGUUAUAGGACGAGAAGCGUGGGAAGUGGACUUGGAAGGGGGCAUGUGCAUUAUGAGAGGUUUGGUAACGAGGAACAAUGUGGAUUCCCUUUGACGCAACCUGGUCGUCUCGUCAAUAACGGUUGGAAUAGAUCAGCGAGAAGAUCACCUGUUCAGUGUUCUCUUGGUGUGCCAUUGGAUAAUAAUGUUGGUGAGCGAUAUUCUGAUUUCUUCCGUCUUGGGUAG